ACAGCGGAGGAGUAAACAAGCUGCGCGGCCGGAGCGAGCCGGCUGCUGCCUCCUACCACUCCGUCAUUUUCAUUUAUCUUUGUCCAACUCGACCGGCCAUACAUGAGAUGAAGGGAUUCCUGCCGCUUUGCCGGGGCCUCGGCGCCUUGAGUCACCGCCGCAGCAGACGAGAAGCCGGUCUUCUCGCUUGUCGGUGCGGUGUUCGCGGAACUCAGACUAUCAGCAAGCCACAGCCGAGCUUCGGCCUGCUGUUCGACAUCGAUGGCGUGCUGGUGCGAGGAAGAAUGCCAAUCCCUGCUGCCAAGAAGGCGUUUGAGAAGCUGGUGGACCCUCAGGGACAGUUUGUGGUGCCCGUGGUGUUUGUGACAAACGCUGGGAACUGCCUUCGCCAGACAAAAGCAGACCAGCUCUCUCACAUCUUGGGUGUACCAAUCACUCAAGAUCAGGUUAUCAUGUCCCACAGUCCUCUCAGGAUGCUAAAGAAGUUCCAUGACAAGUGUGUUCUUGUCUCAGGACAAGGCCCGGUCUUGGAGAUCGCUAAAAACGUGGGGUACAAGAAUGUGGUCAGCAUCGACAUGCUGAGAGAGUCCUUCCCUUUAUUGGAUAUGGUGGAUCACAAUAGGAGGCCCAAGUUGCCAUCAAACCCUGUCGGCAACCCUCCAAAAGUUGAAGCCGUGGUUCUUUUCGGUGAGCCGAUCCGAUGGGAGACCAACCUUCAGCUAAUCAUCGACGUUCUGCUCACCAACGGUAACCUGAGUGGCGCCCAUCUGACCCAAAACACUCUUCAGCUCCCCCUGCUGGCCUGCAACAUGGACCUGAUGUGGAUGGCGGAAGCAAACUCGCCACGGUUCGGCCACGGGACGUUCCUGGUGUGCUUGGAGAACAUCUACAAGAAGAUCACGGGGAAAGACCUCAAGUAUGAGGCUCUGAUGGGGAAACCCAGCGAGCUGACAUAUCAUUUCGCUGAGCACCUCAUUCGAAAUCAGGCUGUGCAGCGGCAGUGGAAGCACCCCAUUACUUCCCUGUAUGCCAUUGGUGACAACCUCAUGACCGACAUCUACGGCGCAAAUCUGUACAACCGCUACCUGGAGGAGAGGGUCACAAGGAAGAACCCCAAAGCUGUUGCAAAGAUGGCGGCUGCUACGGGGUCCACUGCUGCCGUGUCGCAGGAGGAGGAGGUGGACAACCUGUGGGAGAGUGAGCUGGCACUGCCAGCCGCCACGUCCUGCAAGUCCGUCCUGGUCUGCACGGGGGUCUACAACCCCAAAGCGGCAGUGCCGUGCGACGCCAGCCACUGCAUCAAAGAGACGGUUUUUCAUGGGCACCGGGACUUCCGCUUCGACCCGGCGCUGGUGGAGCCGAGCCACAUCGUCCAGGACGUGGCCGGAGCGGUGGACCUCAUCUUUGAGCAGGAGAAGUUUGUGCCUCAGUAGGAAGCGACAGGCGAGCGCCGUAUUAACACUGUGGAGAUGAAAAACAAGCUGAAAGGGCAUCAACGACACGUAGAAUCCUCAAAUUUGUAGAAGCCCAUGUUACUGUUCCUGCCUUUAUUUAAUCUCGGUUCGUAUGAGACGUAACAACUGCCUUAUUUCACCCGUUUUUAGAUGGUUUUAUUGUUUUUGACAAACUCAUCCUUUAUUUAUAAAACUGUUUUUUUAACAACGUCAACUAUAGUUUACAUGUUUACUGUUUUAUCCUGAAAACUAUGCAUGAAUCGAAGAGAGUAUUUGUACUGCAAAAGUCAAAGUGCAAUAUUGUCCUUGAUCAGUAUUGUCUGCAUUUUCAGUAUUAACGUCGCUGUAUCGUGCCGACAUUUCACUGGGCAUCUUUUUAGUUUUCAUUGAUCAAACGCCUGCGUUGACAUUUGUUGUAUGGAACUCAUAUAAAUGUGAAGAAAAUAUAAGAAACAAAAGAUUUGAA